AAUUAUGUGAUAAUUAUGAGAACUAAUCCUACUACUUCUCCUCCCGGGGUUUCCACAAUUGAAGAAAAAAGUACAGGUCGUAUCGAUCAAAUUAUUAGACCCAUGCUGGAUGUCACUUUCCCCCCAGACAAGUUACCUUAUAUUUAUAACGCUUUGGUAGUCCAGAGUAGAGACACUGCCGAUAAGCAAAUUAAUGUGACUUGUGAGGUACAACAAUUAUUAGGAAAUAAUCGAGUUAGAGUUGUAGCUAUGAGUGCUACGGACGGGUUGAUGAGAGGAAUGGAAGUGAUUGACACGAGAGCUCCUCUCAGUGUUCAGGUUGGUGGAGCUACUCUCGGACGAAUUUUCAACAUUCUUGGGGAGCCUAUUGACAAUUUGGGUCCUAUAGAUAGUAGUGCAACGUUCCCUAUUCAUAGAUCUGCGCCUGCCUUUAUCGAGUUAGAUACGAAAUUAUCCAUCUUUGAAACAGGUAUUAAGGUCGUCGAUCUUUUAGCUCCUUAUCGACGUGGAGGAAAAAUAGGACUAUUUGGGGGGGCUGGAGUAGGUAAAACAGUACUGAUCAUGGAAUUAAUCAAUAACAUUGCUAAAGCUCAUGGGGGCGUAUCUGUAUUCGGUGGAGUAGGGGAACAGACUCGUGAAGGAAAUGAUCUUCAUAUGGAAAUGAAGGAAUCCAGAGUAAUUAAUGAAAAAAAUAUUGAGGAAUCAAAGGUAGCUCUAGUCUAUGGCCAAAUGAAUGAACCACCGGGAGCUCGUAUGAGAGUUGGUUUAACUGCCCUAACUAUGGCGGAAUAUUUCCGAGAUGUUAAUAAGCAAGACGUGCUUUUAUUUAUCGAUAAUAUCUUUCGUUUUGUUCAAGCAGGAUCAGAGGUAUCCGCUUUAUUAGGGAGAAUGCCCUCCGCAGUGGGUUAUCAACCUACUCUUAGUACAGAAAUGGGUUCUUUGCAAGAAAGAAUUGCUUCUACUAAAAAGGGAUCUAUAACUUCGAUUCAAGCAGUUUAUGUACCUGCAGACGAUUUGACCGACCCUGCCCCUGCCACAACAUUUGCACAUUUGGAUGCUACUACCAUACUUUCCAGAGGAUUAGCUUCCAAGGGUAUUUAUCCAGCAGUAGAUCCUUUAGAUUCAACCUCGACUAUGUUACCUUAUAGCCUCGGAUCGUUGGUGUAA